CAGCCAUGGUGCCCCGCUGGGAGCUGGGCCUGUACCUGCUGGCCUCGCUUGGCUUCCACCUCUACUCCUUCCGGGAGGUGUACAAAGUCUCCAGAGAAUACGCCGCCGAGCUGGACCUGGAGUUUGAGCUGGAGCCGGGCACCUUGUUUGGAGGAUUCAAGAGGGACCCCACUGACUUUGAGUGGAGCUUCUGGAUGGAGUGGGGGCGGCGGCGGCUUGCCUGGCUGCUGCUGGGCCACAUGGCCACGUCCCAGCUCGCCAGCUGGCUUAUCCCAAAGCUCCGGCCCUGGGUACUUGCCACCUACGGAGCCUGGGCCUGCUGGUGCGUGCUGGGUGCCGCGGGGCUGGCCAUGGUGGUCCUGUAUGCCAGUGUGGCCUUCUGCGUGGCCCAGCUGCACUCACCUCUCCUGUCCUGGCUCAGUGCUCUGCUGCUGCUGUCCUCACUACGGCUGGAGCAUGUGGAUCAGGUCAAGGCAAGCUGGUAUGGCUCUGAGGACGAGUUCUACCUGCUGCAGUUCACGCUGGCCGUGCGCUGCCUGCACUGCACCGGCUGCAGCCUGGAGCUCUGCUGGCGGCCGCCCACUGGACCCCGCGCUCACUGCUUCCCCUGGGUGCUGGCCUACGUCUUCUACUACCCGGCUUUCCACAAUGGCCCCUUCCUCAGCUUUCCGCGCUUCCUCCGCCAGAUGCAGCAGCAGGAGCCAGGACCCCCGAGGGUGGGCCUGCUGGCCCUAGCGGCGGGGCUGGGCCGCCUGCUGUGCUGGUGGGGGCUCGCGGAGCUCAUGGUACACCUCAUGUACACACACGCCAUCUGCAGCAGCACACCCCUGCUGAGUGCUGUGUCCGCUUGGACCUUAGGAGGACUAGCGUUGGCCCAGGUGCUCUUCUUCUAUGUGAAGUACCUGGUGCUCUUUGGGGUCCCUGCUCUGCUCAUGCGCCUUGAUGGGCUCACGGCACCGCCCCUGCCACGCUGUGUCAGCACCACGUUCAGCUUCACGGGCAUGUGGAGGACUUUCGAUGUCGGACUGCACGAGUUCCUCAUCAGGUACGUGUACAUCCCCGCCGGCGGGUCUCGGCACGGCCUGCUGGGAACACUGCUGUCCACAGCACUGACCUUUGCCUUCGUGAGUUUCUGGCAUGGCGGACACGAUGAUCUAUGGUGCUGGGCAGCGCUCAACUGGCUGGGCGUCACCGUGGAGGGCGCAGUGCGGAGACUGGCAGAGACCCCGCGUGUGCGGGACAGCCUGGCCCGGCUGCUGUCAGCCCCCGCUCGCCGCCGACUGCAUGCCGCACUGGCCUCCUGUGCCACGGCCGCUCUCAUCCUGUCCAACCUGGUCUUCCUGGGUGGCAGCCAGGUGGGCCAGAUCUACUGGGACCGGAUCUUCGUCCAAGGCUGGCCCUGGGUGACUCUGUCGGUGCUGGGAUUUCUGUACUGUUACGCUCACGUGGGCAUCGCCUGGGCCCACACAUGCUCGCUGGACUGACCCCAGUCCUGCACCCCGAGACAGCUCCAGCACAUGCUCCCUGUUUAUCUGAUGGGGCCUUGGGCGAGGGAGCAGGGUCCAGGCAUGAGGACAUGAUGCCUCACCUUUGGAGGUCCCAGAACCUCGUUCUGUCGGGAGCUCACGCCCUGGUCCUCUGUCUUUAUGGGGCAGGCAGUUCUUGGUGGCAGCCCAGAAGUGGCCUGGGAGAGCCCCA